AUGAAUCGCUCAUAUAGACGGGCUGUUAGGGGAGGCUCAGGGUUUGGCUCAGGCCAGACAGAUCUGAGGCCCCCCAAUGGCCUGACCACCAUUUCCUAUGGAAACCAAUGUGGCAGUGCAAAGCGUGGGUCAGACCAACCGUCAGCCACACAACUGCCAUCCUCCAGUUUAAAACACACACCUGUCCAGGGGUACAAUAAGCCUGAGCUGUCCCAUUGUUACAGCCAGCUGAGGAGGCUACCAGACCUGAACACUCCUAUCUGCAAGCCUGACCUGGGGAGCUACCAGAGGGACACUGAUGCCAGGAACCGUUUGCACUCUUUGGACCCAAUUAGCAAUGAUGAUGAUGAGUUUGAUGCUUUGUCAAUCCGAUUGCCUUCCUCUCCAGGUAGUAAUGAAAUGGAGCAUUUCAGACCUCUCCAGGACCUUAAUAAAAAUGGUUUUUCCCCCUGCAGUCCUGAUAGCGUGGAACGCUGUUCCCCCAUCCCCAAUGGUUACCUGCAUUUUGAGUCCACCUUGUUUGACAGUACAGAUGUCAAAGAGGGAGCGAACAAUAAUAAUGAACCCUUGACACCUUUUCACCACUCUUCGAAAUUGAAACUGAGUCGGGACCGAACUUUGACAGACUGUAAGAUGACCACUUCCAGUUCAAGAGUGAAUAAUCUGAGCACAUACAAACCAGCUGUCUUUAAUCUGAUGGCUAAGACUAUAUCUGAACUCAACCCUACCCUAAGUCCAAGUGCGCUGCCUGAAAUCAGUAUGGGAGACGGUUGGAGUAUGGGUGAGGAAUCUGACAGUGAUGGCGAACUCACCUCUACUCCUGAUCACAGUCUCGUUUCACCAACAGGGACAAACUCUAAUUCCAACAGCCCAAAGAAAAAGACUCUACCAGCAGUGAAGUUCGUGGAGGGAGAUUUAGUGUGGGCUAAAUUCAACAGACGGCCGUGGUGGCCCUGCCAAAUCACUUGUGACCUGCAGCAGGGGAGCCACACAAAGAUGAAAGUGCCCAGUCAACGUCCUUGUCGUAUGUAUUUUCUGGAGACAAUUGGGGAGAUAGUGGAAAGUGCCUGGGUCCCAGGAAAGGUCAUUCUUCCUUUCAAGGGCGGCCAUCAGUUUGAAGAACUACCAGUGCUUAGACGAAGAGGGAAACAGAAGGAAAAAGACUACAAAUACACUAUACCCAAGAGUUUAUUUACUGCAUGGAAAGUCAGUGUGGCAGAAGCUGAGUAUCUGAUCCCAGAUCGACAACGAAAUACUGAAAGUACUCUCACUAUAUCUUUCAACGGGGAAGAAGAAAUAGCCAAUCCACUGCCUAGUGAAAAACCAGAAGAGGCCCCCUCUCUUUCUAAGGAUGCUGGUAAAACUUCCUCACCUAGCACUGCUCCCAAUGAAGAUGAGCUCCACGUUAGCCCCAUCUCCACUAACAAUCAAGCCCACAAAAAGAAUGCUUGCAAAAAGAGAAAAAAAUGCUUGUCUGACAUAUUUGGUCAUAUAGUUGGUGGAUCUGAGGAUACAUCUGCUGUUAUGGAUGUGGUCAGCCAGAGUCAUACAACAGCUGAUGCUUUGAAAGAUGAUCCCAAGGCCUCCCCUUACUCAGACCUGGAUUCAGUACCGAUGCUCCAUCGCCCAAAACGGACAGUAAAACCACCAACGAUAGAAUCAAAAAAAUUGGUCACAAAAGAGCAAGGUUCGAAAAAUGCAAAGGGCAAGUGCAGUAAAAAAUUGACUGCCUCUAAGAAUUUAGAUUCCGGUGUUCCCUCUGGUGUUUUGGGGAAAAAAACAGUUGCUAAUUCUAAACAUACAAGUAAUACAACUUUUAAGAAGUCUUCAGGCUGCAGCAAUGAAUUACCAGACAGUUCUGUUGAUAAUCACUCUCUGCGUCUUCCUGCUAGCAGGCGUCUGAUGACAAGGGCCCUGAAAACAGAGGAAGAGACAGAUCUCAAAGAUGCACUGGCCUCAAGCCAAAACUCUACAGAUGACAGCAUCAGUGAUGAUCAUGAUAAUAUCCUCAAUAAUACCACCAGAAUAAUAUCCCCAGAGAUCAAAACAGAUAUGUCCCCUAAGAGGGAAUCACCAAGUAAUAUGUUAUCUUCCUCAAGCCAUAGUUCUCCAAAAAGGCAUGCAAGAAAGCCUGAUAAAACACAAAUUCGCAGUGGUUCAUCGAUAAAGUCCAAGUCUCAGUCUUCGAGCUCUAGUUUUCCUGUUGUGGAACCUGUUAAAAUCAAGACAGAGAUUAUUGUCUCAGACCUAUCUCCCUGUUCCUCCUCUUCUGCCUCACUCUCUCCCAUGGAUGCUUUCCAGGAUAUCAAGGAGCUGACAUUCAAAUCCCUUGUGAAAGAUGAGAGCAGUAAUUCUGAGUUGAGUACAUUCCGGCCCGACUCCAAUUAUAAGUUCAGCACCUUACUGAUGCUACUGAAGGACAUGCAUGAUACCAGAGAAAAAGAGGGUAAACCCCUUACUGUACCCCCUUCACCAGUCCUAAUCAAAGAGGAGCCAAUGGUCAUCCCUAACUCUCUAGGAGAUGACCAGCUUAAGGGUUCUGGCAAUGGUCAUACUCAUGAGCAAUGGACAUCAGGUGUCAAAAUAGAGAAUGGUGGGCUAGGAAAACCCCCAACAUUCAAAACAGUGGUCAAAGCCAAGAACAGAACAAAAGCUAUAAUGAAAAACAAUACAUACCAAAUUGAAGGGAUGCCCGUUCUUAGUCCUUUCUUUGACAAGCAGCGUAGAAAGCAACAGCUGCCUGCCAAACUGAAAGUUAGCAUACCUGGCCUAUCUCCUGAACUGGCUGACCUAGCCUAUGGCAGGGAGUUUGUUAGUGGCCAUGCUGACUUGGCAGAAGCUGGAUCUUGCUGUCCUGUCACAACUGACCCCACGGCAAGCAACAUCGACAAGAGCUCUGAUUCUAAAGUGGCUCCAAAGAAGCGCUGGCAGGUGGUUGAGGAGGUCCCUGAUAAGGUGGCAGUGGCUGGGGAUGUGAGCGGGGUUUCUGCUGAAGUGAAUGGGGCCUGUAGAGACACCCUGGAAGGAGCAGCAAAUAUUGCCAAAUCUCCUGAUCCAAACCUGCGAGCUGAGAGGCCAGGAGAGAGUUAUUCAGCUCUCUCAGACAAGCGUGACACAGUCGUACAUUCAGAAAACAAACGUCUGCGGAAACCAAGUAAAAGGCUUCUGGAGUCAACUGAGGAGUAUGAACAAAUAUUUGCCCCAAAGAAGAAGUCAAAGAAAAACACUGAACCCUCUAAGAUGGGUGCUGAUUCAACCAAUGAUAAUCUCACACAGCAGACAUCAGGGAUGACAUCGCCGCCCCAUCCCAGCACCUCACCUGGGUUUGCUACCUCAACCUUAGCCUUGGCUUCUAAGGAGCCAGCCAAGGCUCCAGCAGCAGCACUGGAACAGCAUCUGUCUCAGGAUGGGCUCCCUCCUGUAGCACACUCCUUAACCCCAGCCCCAAAUCAGCCCUCCCCUUCCACAGAGAAAGCAGAAGGCUUGAAUCUACCUCUUGACCCUGCGUCAGCAAACCUUGAGAGAAAGAGGCCCAGGAAGUUGUCACACAAAGUCCUGGAAUGCACCAUAGAAGAAGUGUUUGUUAAUGCCACAAAGAAGAAGGAGGCCAAGAAACACAGUGGGUCUACCUUAAAUGUCAAGACUGCAGUCACAGAUGCUCAGGUUAAAUCUGUGAAGAAAGAAAUUCCCCUAUCUGACGCAUCUGCUGCCCCUGUCAUGGCUACGUCGCCCUCAGGAAGGAGCAGCCUCCAGGGGGUCUUCACCCCCACCAAACCUCUCAAUCCCCCAACAUCUAAAAUCCCCAAGCAGGAUGCAGAAGGCAGCAGCCUUGGGGAGGGACAAAACCUUGCCAAUGGAACACUAACACCCAAACCUGAGGUGUUCACUCCUAGUCCGAACGAUAGCUUCUCCUCACAGGUGGAGGUAAAAGGGAAAAUGGGGGCCACAACUUUGAAGGAGAAUGUCUGUCAGGUGUGUGAGAGAACAGGGGACCUUCUGGUUUGUGAAGGGCAAUGCUAUGGAGCUUUUCACCCACAAUGUAUUGGACUGUCAGAGGCCCCCAAGGGGAAAUUCCUCUGCCGCGAAUGCACUACAGGCGUUCACACAUGCUUUGUGUGUAAACAGUCAGGUAAUGGGGUGAAGCGUUGCAUGAUCCCUGUGUGUGGGAAGUUCUACCAUACAGAUUGCAUUUCGGCCCACUCGGCCACCCAGCCACAGAACAAAGGUUUCCGCUGCUCCCUCCAUGUCUGUUUGUCCUGCCACAUCACCAACCCGCUCAACCUCGGCAGCUCCAAAGGUCGACUGGCACGCUGUGUGCGCUGCCCUGUAGCCUAUCAUGCCAAUGACAACUGUAUGCCAGCUGGAAGCUUGGUGCUGGCUAACAACAGCUUCCUCUGUCCAAACCACUUCACCCCUCGCAAGGGGUGUAAGAACCACGAGCACAUCAAUGUCAGCUGGUGCUUCGUCUGCUCUGAAGGGGGCAGUCUGCUGUGCUGUGAGGCCUGUCCUGCUGCUUUCCAUCGGGAGUGUCUGAACAUUGAGAUGCCUCAGGGCAGCUGGUUCUGCAAUGACUGCAAAGCUGGAAAAAAGCCUCGCAUCAAGGACAUUCUGUGGGUCAAAUGGGGCCGUUACAGGUGGUGGCCUGCAGAGGUCUGUCUUGCCAGAGAUGUCCCAACUAACAUCUUGAGGAUGAAGCAUGAGGUGGGAGAGUUCCCAGUACAAUUCUUUGGCUCCAAAGACUUUGUGUGGACAUACCAGGCCAGAGUCUUCCCCUACAUGGAAGGUGACACGCACAGCAUAGAGAAGAUGGGCAAGGGUGCUGACGCAAUCUACAAGAAAGCUCUGACAGAGGCAGCUGAUCGGUUCAGGGAGUUGCAGGCAGAGAAGGAGAUGAGGCAGCUUCAGGAGGACAGAAAGAAUGACAAGAAACCUCCUCCAUACAGACACAUCAAGGUAAACCGGCCAAUAGGGAAGGUGCAGAUCAUCACGGCUGACCUGUCAGAAAUCCCACGCUGCAACUGCAAGGCGACGGAUGAGAACCCUUGUGGCAUAGACUCGGAGUGCAUCAAUCGCAUGCUGAUGUAUGAGUGCCACCCACAGGUUUGUGUGGCAAGGGAGCGCUGUCAGAACCAGGCCUUCACAAAACGUCAGUACACUCCCGUGGAGAUCUUCAGGACACUGUCUCGGGGCUGGGGCUUACGCAGCGUCUGUGACAUUAAGAAGGGGGCCUUUGUAAAUGAGUAUGUGGGAGAAGUGAUAGAUGAGGAGGAAUGUCGAGCCAGGAUUAGACAUGCUCAGGAAAAUGACAUCUGCAACUUCUACAUGCUUACUUUGGAUAAGGAUCGGAUCAUUGAUGCUGGGCCAAAGGGGAACCAGGCUCGUUUCAUGAACCACAGUUGCAAGCCCAAUUGUGAGACCCAGAAGUGGACAGUGAACGGGGAUACUAGGGUUGGACUAUUUGCUCUGCAAGACAUCCCAAAAGGUAUAGAGCUGACCUUUAACUACAACCUGGAGUGUCUUGGCAAUGGAAAGACUGUCUGCAAAUGUGGAGCGCCCAACUGUAGCGGUUUCUUGGGUGUCCGACCAAAGAACCAGCCGUCAGCUGAGAAAGUGAAGCUGAAAGAAGGGAAGAAAAAGGUCCCUGUGAAGAAGAAGACCAAGCCACAGCUGACCAAGGAGCGAGAGGACGAGUGUUUCAGCUGUGGCGACGGAGGACAGAUAGUGUCCUGUAAAAAGCCAGGGUGCCCCAAGGUCUACCAUGCUGACUGUCUCAACCUUGCUAAGAGGCCUGCAGGGCGAUGGGAGUGCCCCUGGCACCAAUGUGACGUCUGUGGAAAGGAGGCAGCCUCCUUCUGUGAGAUGUGCCCCAGCUCCUACUGCAAGGAGCAUCGUGAAGGGAUGCUCUUCAUUUCCAAGCUGGAUGGCAAGCUGUCAUGCAGUGAACAUGACCCAUGUGGGCCUGACCCCCUAGAGCCAGGAGAGAUUCGCGAAUAUGCCCCCACUGCGACCUCUGUGAAGGCUGGAGGCAUGCUUCCCCCUCGUUCCCUGGUCCCAGAUCCAGACUGUAGUACCCACUCCGCUGCUGCCCUGUCCUCUCCUCAGUUCAAGCACGAGGCCCCUCCCCGUCUCUACAUCAACACAAAGACUGCCACCUCCAGCUUCAUUCCCCCUAGGAGGUCCUGCCUCGAAAACAGAACAAGGGUGAUCUCCCCUCCCAGCUCCUACAGUGAUGAGAAGCAGGAGGGUGUAGGAGAGGAUGGUGAGGAAGAUGAGGACGAGGAGGAAGAGGAGAUGGAAAUAGUGGAAGAGGAGGACGAUGAACAGGAGUAUGGAGAUGAACAUGAGGGAGAGGAGGAGAAUGAUGCUGAAGGGGGGUGUGUAUAUGACACUUGGGGGGACUACGUUGAUGAAGACGUUGAGGAUGGAGAGGUAGAGGGGGAUGAUAUAGAGGACUGGGGGAGAGUGGAGGAUGAUGACAAGUGA